AUGGCUUCAGCUGCGAAGAGGGUCCCAAUCCCCAAAAAUGGCGUCGACUACAGGGGCAAAAUCGUCCUGGCGCCCAUGGUCAGAAGUGGCGAGUGUCCGUCGCGACUCCUGGCACUCAAGUACGGUGCCGAUCUCGUCUGGGGCCCGGAGACGAUAGACAAAGCCCUCAUUGGAACUCAAAGGUACCAGAAUCCCGUCACGAAGACGGUGGAUUUCUCUCGCGUAGCCUCGAAUGGCGUAAAGAAUCCCGCUUUGACCCCCGAGCAGAGGGAAUCCAUCAUUUACCGGCUGCAUCCGGAGCGCGAAGGACGAAAACUCAUAUAUCAAAUUGGCAGCGCGAACCCGGAUCUAGCGGUCGAGGCAGCCAAGCUUAUCGCGCCUUAUGUCGCUGGCAUCGAUGUGAAUGCAGGAUGCCCGAAGCCCUUCAGCACCAGUGGAGGCAUGGGUGCGGCGCUUCUGAAGACCCCGGACAAGUUAUGUUCGAUCUUGGAGGCCCUGGUCAAACACGUUGGUGAGCCGAAUGAGAUUGGCAUUAGUGUCAAGAUUCGCAUCUUGUCCACUCCCGAAGAAACCGAAGCUCUUGUGCGAAAGCUUUGCGCGACCGGGAUUACAGGCUUGACGGUUCACUGCAGAACAACGCCAAUGAGGCCGCGAGAACGCGCGAUCAGAGAUCAGUUGAAGAUGGUUGUGAACGUCUGCCACGAGGCCGGCGUUGCUUGUCUCAUGAACGGCGAUGUCACGAGUCGCGACGAGGCCUUGAAGCUGAUGGAGGAAUACGGUGCGGACGGCGCAAUGAUUGCUACGGCAGCCGAGACAAAUCCUUCGGUCUUCCGCCCCGAGUCAGAAGGCGGCAAGGCCAGCUGGGAGGAAGUGGUCAAGGAGUACGUCAAGACCUCGAUGGAAGUUGAGAAUCGCUGGGGAAAUACAAAAUAUCUCCUUGGCCAGAUGAUCCCGGGCAAGCAGCCCGCAUAUAAAGCCAUGAUGGCAACCAAAAGCUACAGCGACAUUGUGAAUGUCCUUGGCAACGCUGAUCUGAAACAACUGGCGGAAGAUCUGGACCGACGCCUAGAGAUGGGCGCGUUCUCGAAGCCCAAGUUGACCAAAGCCGAGCGCAAGAAGCUGAACAAGGCAGCGCAACAAGCGAGUAGCGACAAGGAGAACGAGGGAAAAACGGAGCAUUCGGAACAGCAGAAGCAGCCGGCUCUCACGGCUGGGGUCAAGCGCACUGCUGAUCAAGCGCAGCUGGACAUGCCUGGUGAUGUUGCCCGCGAGAUGGCACCAGGAACCGUAUCCGAAAAUGUGUCGUCGCUGGCAGUUUGA